AUGAUAAAAUCGCCAAUCAGCCACUUUCAGUUCCAACAGUUCGAUUUUUCCUCCUAUCUUGCCUACAAGAGAGAAGGAUUUGUUGGCCGGGAGUGGUUCUUCAUGGAACUGGAUAAUAUCUUCGAGACAGACCGAGAAACGGCUGGUGUUUUGAUUACUGGCGAGCCAGGAUCCGGAAAAUCAGCAUUAAUGUCACAAUUAAUAUGUUCACCGUAUUCCAGCCUACCCAUACAUCAAAAUAUUAUCGGGUAUCAUUUGUGUGAAUAUUCCGAGAAAGGGAAACGUGAUGGUGCGAGAUUUGUGCGAAAUUUGGUUGAUCAAAUUGCAGCACGAUUGUCUGGAUAUUCUGAACAUGUUAUCAAGAGUGAACAAAUGAGAAUGAAAUUGCAGGAUACACUCUGUCAACAAGAUCCCACAGAAUGUUUCUUUACAUCGAUAUUGGGGCCUUUGAGAGAGUUAAAACCUCCACCAGAUGGCCUCCGGUAUAUUGUAAUAGAUGUCUUGGAUGAAUGCUUUGAGAGUGACAAAACAUCCGAAAUUUUUCAGAUAUUGAGCAGUAAAAUACUACAUUUCCCAAAAUGGUUAAAGGUCAUACUAACUUCACGAAAUCUGACGCUGGUUACGGAAGAAUUACCUUACAUUGUUAGAAGGAAGCCAUUGUACGCCAAUGAUGAUCGGAAUGUAAAAGAUAUUAGUUUGUAUGUAUCGCGCUUUAUAUCUCAAAAUUCGUUUUUCGUAGAUCGUUUGAAAACAGCAAUGAAUUUCAAAUCAAGAACGUAUGAUAUGAAAAUAUUUUUGGACAAAGUCAUUACACGAGCUGAGGGGAAUUUCUUGUUUGUGAAGAUGACACUGCAAUAUAUGAACGAUACAGAUGGGGUGGUUGAUACGAAGUCUUUACCAACAAGUCUGUUUGAUUUGUAUAGCAUUUUCUUUAAAAGGCAGUUCGGAAAAGGCGGUUUCGGGCCAUUGAGAUCUCUUUUUGAGGUUUUGUUAUCUGUUUGCUCACCUCUUCAAUUGAACGAUGUGGAAGAAAUACUUAGGAGCGAGUAUGAAGCAGAGGAUGUCUCCCAACUUAUAGACCAAGCGUCUUGUUUCCUGCGAUUUGGUCGUGAUGGAACAGUAAGGAUAUAUCAUCAAUCCUUUGCUGAAUGGUUGGUUAAUCAGACUGGUCUCAUCCACAUUAAUGAAACUAGAGCUCAUCGAAGCAUGGCAAAUUUUUUACUGCAUCGCAUUCGUGAGAGAGAUAUGAAUGUUACGUUUGGGGAAGUAAUUGAACUUUUUAUGCACAUACUAGCAGGAAAUACAUUGGCAAUACAUGGAAACGCUAUAGACCUUUUCAAUAUUAGCGAAAUGCGCGAGAGUCGAACAAACCAAUCCAUUUUGCACCAUCUUGCGAUAAAACCAAAGCAGUUUCAACCUGUACUAGAGUUCUUCUUACAGAAGUUUAGAAUCGUUGACAUGCUAGAUGCGAACAAGAAAACACCGGCGUUUUACGCAACAUCUGAAGGCUUAGCUGAAAUUUGCGAAGCUUCAUUGACAGAGGAGCAGACAUAA